AUGAAAGGUGAAUACAAGAUAUCGCUGGAUGCUGCUGUUGACACAGAAACCAGGAAACAAACAAUGCAGAGUGUUAACCCCUGCUCAAAGCUAACCAGAGUCCUGCUAGCGUUCAUAUUCUGCCUCACUGCUGUGGCUGCUACUGCUGUCCUCAUUCUCAACCAGCACACCAAGGGGUCAAGACAGAUAGAUGAAGACAAUUCUGAUAUUCAUCACACACUAAGGCAUCUUUCCAAAGUAAGAGCCGCCAUUCAUCUAGAAGGUGAAUACAACCCUGACUACAAUGAGAAGACUGCAGUGGAAUGGAAAACUCAGGUGGAUCAGUCCCACUCUCAAGGAGGGCUGGAACUUGAAAACAAUGAGAUUGUGAUCCCUCAAGAUGGCCUUUACUUUGUGUACAGUCAGGCAUCUUUCCGGGUCAGUUGUAGCAGCGAUGAUGCCAACUCACAGUCCAUGGUCCAUCUGAGCCACUCUGUGAGGCGCUCGUCCCGCUCCUAUGGGAAUAAUGAUGCCACAACGCCUUACAAGACCAUCCUGCACUCUGUCCGCACUGCCUGCCAAAAGACAGUCAGCAGUGAUUCAGAUGGAGAGGGGAGCUGGUACUCUGCUGUGUACAUGGGAGCUGUGUUCAGCCUGAACGAACAGGACAGGUUAAAGACAGUGACAGAGGAGAAGAUCUUGCUCGAUCUAGAGGACGAGCCAGGGAAGACAUUCUUUGGUGUGUUUGCCUUGUAA